AGCCUUGCUCCUACACCAGAUCCGACACAAACCCUAGCGAAAGCCUUCCCUGCUCUCCCGCCGCUCGAUCGGAAGAAGCCAGGCGUCGGGAGUUUGAAGGUACGAGGAUGAAUCCGUUCGACGGUCGCUACGCCGAUCUCAAUUCCUAUCGGGAGAGACGGAGCAAUUUUGCGCGGCCGAUGAUGCCUUCUGGAUUGGUUCCGCUGGGCGGUGGUAUGGGAUCUGGCCCCAUCUUACCCCCUUCGGGAUCUAGCUUUGCAGUUACCGGAGGCGGAAGUUUCUUCCCUGCUCCUCCCACCACCGCUCAUUUUCAAUCCGGGGGCGGUAACGGAAGGCCUGCUGACUUUGAACGCUUUCGGGAUGAGAGGUUUGAAUCUGGGGGAGGAGGAGGCGGUGGACGUCGUGGUGGGACAGGGCGUGGUGGUGAUCGUGGCGGUUGGGCUGGGAGUGGUGCGAGGGGUUUUGACUCGGGGAGAGGUGGUGGUGUGACUGGGAGCGGUUUUGACUCGGGGAGAGGUGGUGGCGUGACUGGGAGCGGUUUUCACUCGGGGAGAGGUGGUAGCGUAAAUGGGAGAGGCCAUGGUUUUGGCAGUGGUGGGAAGGGAAGGGGACUUGAUGGUGGCUGCGGUAGUGCUGGAGGAAGGGGAAGCUUUGGAGGAGGUCGUGGGGGUAGUGGAGAUGGUUUUGGUAGUAGGAACUUCACCAAGUCAACAGAUUAUUUUGAUAGAGUUUCCCUCCCGAUACAGAAUUUCCACAACAUCAUCCCAUUUGAGAAGAACUUAUAUUUGGAGGGCCCUUCGGUGCAGGCAAUGUCAGAGCAGGAGGCUAUCUUCUACCGAAGAAGCCGCCAGAUUACGACAGAAGGCCAUGAUAUUCCAAAGCCUAUCAGGUUCUUUCAUGAGGCGAACUUUCCUGUCAACAUUCUCCAAGCUAUAGAGAAAUGUGGCUUCAGUGAACCAACACCUAUUCAAGCCCAAGGGUGGCCUAUGGCUUUGAAGGGCAGGGACUUGAUUGGCAUUGCGGAAACUGGUUCGGGAAAGACACUAGCAUAUUUGCUUCCAGCACUGAUCCAUGUUAAUUCUCAACCUCGUUUAGCUUAUGGCGAUGGUCCAAUUGUCUUGGUCCUUGCACCUACAAGAGAAUUAGCUGUUCAGAUACAAGAAGAGUCAGUGAAAUUUGGAUCACAUGUAAAUGUUAGAAGCACAUGCAUCUAUGGUGGGGCACCUAAAGGACCACAGAUUCGUGAUCUCAAGAAAGGUGUUGAAAUUGUCAUUGCGACACCUGGUCGACUAAUUGAUAUGUUGGAAGCAUGCCAUACAAACCUUCAAAGAGUAACAUACCUCGUAUUGGAUGAAGCAGAUCGCAUGUUGGAUAUGGGGUUUGAACCUCAAAUAAGGAAAAUUAUCUCUCAAAUUCGGCCAGACCGGCAAACAUUAUAUUGGAGUGCCACAUGGCCAAAGGAAGUAGAGGCUUUAGCCCGACAAUUUUUACAAAACCCUUAUAAGAUAAUAAUAGGAUCUCCUGAUCUGAAAGCUAAUCAGUCAAUAAACCAAAUUGUUGAAAUCAUUUUGGAACAUGAGAAGUAUCCAAGGCUGAUUAAGCUUCUGAGUGAAUUAAUGGACGGGAGCAAGAUCCUGGUUUUUCUUGAGACGAAAAAAGGCUGUGACCGAGUCACUAGGCAGCUCCGGAUGGAUGGAUGGCCUGCACUAUCUAUUCAUGGUGAUAAAGAUCAAGCUGAAAGAGAUUGGGUUCUUGCAGAGUUUAAAAGUGGCAGAAGUCCUAUAAUGACUGCCACUGAUGUAGCUGCUCGUGGCCUUGAUGUUAAGGAUAUAAAAUGUGUCAUCAAUUAUGACUUCCCAGUGAAUCUUGAGGACUAUGUUCAUAGGAUUGGACGCACUGGUAGAGCCGGUGCCAAAGGGAUGGCAUUUACCUUCUUCACUCAGGCAAGUGCAAGAUUUGCAAAGGAGCUUGUUAAAAUCCUACAGGAUGCUGGUCAGAUUGUCAGUCCAGCACUGGCCUCCUUGGCCCGGUCAAGCAGUGGUGUCACUGGAGGUUCUGGACGGAAUUUCCGGUCAAGAGGACGUGGUUUUGGAAAUCGCCCUCUCAUGUCUGGGUCUAAUUCCAUCCCAUUAAGUGGGCGAAGGGCUUGGUAAGGUCAAUGUUUUAGGAAGAUAGCAACAACUUAUGCAAAGUUUUGCUAUAUACUUUCAUAUGUCCAGUUACCAAAUUAAUUUAUGGUCCGUCAUGCUAGACACAGGAAACUAGAAACCUUUUUGAAUGCCUUUCCUGAUGCAAAACAAGCAGUUAAAUGUAAGUGUGCUUAUAUGAUGCCUAACUGACAUAAUCGCACUGGAACAUGUCUAUGAAAGAUACUUAUGAUAUUUGUCGAUUCAUGGUAAGAAUGCUAAAUUUACAAGAUUA